UUUAUAGACGCGUGUAUCGUGUGUGACCAAGUAAGCGUAGUCCUUGCAGUAGUGGAGUCUAUAUACAUAAAUACACAUGUAUAUAUAUAUAUUAUACAAUAUUAAUACAAAAAAUAUAAUAUAAUGAAAAGAAAAAAGUAUGACAGGGAUAAUAACGAACUUUGAAGCCGGUAAUAUGCACAUGUGCAAUACGUGUUUAAUAUAUCACUCGUUUGUGUUAUAAAUCUGUGCGUCAAAUAUAAUUUUAUAUGUAUGUAAGGUUGGGUAAAGCGUGUACAGUAACAGCAUAUAAUAUAUUUAAGUAUCCGUUGGUACAACGGGUUAUGGAGUAAUUGCAUUACUCUGAGUAGUUUUCAUAUAAUAAGAAUUUCUCGAUUCACCAAUAAUUUUAUUACACACAUUAUAAGCAAUUGCGAUAUACAAUUAAGAAUAAGCUGUUACUUUAAAGCCACCACCAAUAAUACUCAACCACACACUUACAACACUUACACACAGGGGUUAUAAAAGUGAACCAUUUUUAUUUUAAAAAACUCACAAGGUUUAUUAAUUAGUUAAAAUAUUUUAUUUCAAACAAUGUUACGUACUUGGUACAGUGUCAUUUGUUGAAAAAAAAGUCCAGCGUAAUCAUUAAUAAUAGCUCAUGAGCAGAGACAUUAUUUGAUAAGUAAAAGUGAAUUUUAAAAGUUUAGAAUAAUCAAGAUAAAAAAAAUUAUUUAUUUAAUAAUUACUUAAGUGUUGAUGUUUUAAUAAUAAUUGUUAAUAAUGCCGGGAACACGAGGCAAUGACACGCAUCGUGUCAUACCAGGUCAUUAUUUGCACCAGUUACCUGAACAGGAUGAAGCGAGACUUUCUCGGAUAUUCAACGCAUUAGAUCACGAUGGGAAUGGCAGGAUUGACGUGCAUGAUUUGUCCAAGGCUUUACAUAAAGUCGGUGUCCAUAAACGUUAUGCUGAGCAAUUUUUGGCUCAAUCAGAUAGCACUAAAAGUGGAGAUAUUAGCUUGGCUGAAUUUAUACAUUAUGUCAUUGAACAUGAGAAGAAAUUACGAUUGCAGUUUAGUCAUCUUGAUAAAAAUAGAGAUGGUAAAAUUGAUUUGGAAGAACUCAUCAGUUCAUUCAACAAAGAUCUAGGUAUUAAAAUGGACCGUGCAGAAGCUACGAAAUUACUCCAAAGAAUGGAUCAGGACGGCACAUUAAGUAUUAACUUUAACGAAUGGCGGGACUUCCUGAUGUAUGCGCCGAGUGACGACAUACGUGAGCUCAUCAGAUAUUGGCGACAUUCCACAUACAUGGACAUUGGUGAAGAUAUCGGAGUACCUGAUGAUUUUACAAGUAACGAAAUGAUAACAGGGAUGUGGUGGAGGCAUUUACUUGCUGGUGGAUUAGCUGGAGCUGUUUCGCGGACCUGUACUGCGCCUUUAGAUCGUAUUAAAGUUUAUCUUCAGGUUCACGGGACAACGCAAUGCAAUAUGUCAAAUUGCUUUAGAUAUAUGUUGAAAGAGGGAGGAGUACUCAGUUUAUGGCGUGGCAAUGGUAUUAAUGUACUUAAAAUUGGUCCUGAAACAGCUCUUAAGUUUAUGGCCUACGAGCAAGUUAAAAGAGCAAUCAAAGGAACUGAUACGAGGGAGUUAGGUAUAAAUGAGAGAUUCAUUGCUGGAUCCAUGGCAGGUGGAAUUAGUCAAUCAGCAAUUUAUCCUCUUGAGGUACUAAAGACUAGAUUAGCACUUCGCAAGACGGGUGAAUUUUCCAGUAUAGUUGAUGCAGCUAAAAAAAUUUAUAGUCAAGGUGGUUUAAAAAGUUUUUACAGAGGCUACAUUCCUAAUUUAAUUGGAAUUCUUCCAUACGCUGGAAUAGACUUGGCUGUUUAUGAAACGUUGAAGAAUAGAUAUCUAAGAUCACACACUAGCAAUGAACAGCCGGCAUUUUGGGUUCUACUUUUAUGUGGUACAGCUUCAAGUACAGCUGGACAGGUGUGCUCAUAUCCGCUUGCACUAGUCAGAACUAGAUUACAAGCUGAAUUAUCCCCCGGAAAUUCACCAACUACGAUGGUUGGAGUGUUUAAAGAUAUCAUACAACGCGACGGAAUUAAAGGCUUGUACCGCGGAUUGACGCCUAAUUUCCUCAAGGUAGCACCAGCGGUAUCAAUAAGCUACGUGGUUUAUGAACAUUUUCGGCAAGCACUGGGUGUCAACAUGACGUGAUAAUUAUAUUUAAUUAGGAAUUGAAAAUUUUAUUAAUUUAUUAUUUAUCAUUUAAAUGUUGUAUGAAAUUUUUUUUUAUAGUAAAUAUGAAGAAAAGUUACUGAGUAAUAGUCAAAAACAGCAAGAGAAAAAGUAGGUGCUAAUUUAUAUUUGAGCGUGAUUGCUCGUUAAUUUUUUUUCUCUAUUAUUUCUAACCGCAAUGAUUCCAUCAUCAAUGUUUAAUCAUUGCAAAUAAUUAAUCCAUUUACUUAAUAAUUUAUUGUCUUACGACAGUGGAAUUUCAAAUAAUUUUUAAGUGUCUCUAGUAAAAUUGAAAAGAUAAUCAAUUCUUUCCGAUUAAUAUUAAUAUUAUCGAGUAUUUUAAAUCAAAGAAUCGCUUAGCCUAUAUUAAUAAAAGAAUACCGUGAUAAAGGAUUAUUAAAUACUAAUUAUCAGGUUUUACAGCGAAGCUGUUAUUUUGAUAUUAGUAAUAGAAUGAAAGUAAUUCUUACAAAAAAAUUUCCUACUCCAUUUUAAAAUUACUUAUUUAUUGUGAAUAUUUAUUAUUCUCUUUACCAAAUAAUCAUUAACUUGAUUAUUCUAUUUAAUAUUUAUAUAAUAAUAAUAUUAAUUAAAUAAUAAAUAUCUCGUUGUGGGCCUCUUAAGAGAUUCGUUGAUUAUAUUAAAAUACAACGAGAAAUUAAAAUUAGAAUAACUCAA